UUCCUCAAAUGCCCCGAGCGGCGCGCGGGGAGCGGCCCCGGGCUGGGCUGCGUCCCUGCCAGCCAGGACAGGGCACAGCCAGGGGACCACGCCUGGCACCACCACCUGGGAGCAUCGCUGGGGAAGCCGUGCAGGAAAGCAGGGCAGGAAAGGAUUUUUCUGGGGUUUGUCUUGGCUGCUCUCGGAGGCAGGAAGCUCGCUGGCAAAUCAACCCUCGCUGAGCUGCUGCUCCUUGUGGGGGCAUCCCCACGGGACCAUCAAAGCAAACUCACCUUGAGGGGAAAAAGAAAAGACCUUCCUGAUCCAAAAUGUCCCUCAAGCUGCCGCGGAACUGGGAUUUCAACCUGAAGAUGGAUGCUGCAAAAAUAGCCCGCUCCCGCAGUGUGAUGAGCGCGGACCCCGCGGCUGCGGGCCCGGGCUCGCCCCGCGCCCCGGAGCGGCCGCUGAAGCUGGGCUGGCUCCGCAAGCAGCGCUCCAUCGUCAAGAACUGGCAGCUGCGCUUCUUCGUGCUCAGGGGGCAGCAGCUCCUCUACUACAAGGACGAGGACGAUGCCAAGCCACAGGGCUGCCUGUCCCUCCAGGGGAGCACCAUCAAGGUGGUGGCCACUAACCCAGAGGAAGGAGGGAAAUUCAUCUUUGAAAUCAUCCCAGGGGUGGCUGGAGAGCAGGCCCGGGCGGGGCAGGACUCGUGCGUGCUCAUGGCCAAUUCCCAGGCGGAGAUGGAGGAGUGGGUGAAAUCCAUCCGGAGGGCGCUGGGCUCGGCGUCGGGAGCGGUGUUCGGGCAGCACCUGGCAGAGACCGUGGCCUACGAGCAGAAGCUGGGGCAGCACCGGGUGCCCAUCCUGGUGCAGGAAUGUGCCGAGUUCAUCCGCGAGCACGGCGUGGGUGAGGAGGGAAUCUUCCGCCUGCCCGGCCAGGACAACCUGGUCAGACAGCUCCGGGACGCCUUCGACGCCGGGGAGAGGCCCUCAUUCCACAGGGACACCGAUGUCCACACCGUGGCCUCCCUGUUCAAGCUGUACCUGCGGGAGCUCCCGGAGCCCGUGGUGCCCUGGCUGCAGUACGAGGAUUUCCUGCUCUGUGGGCAGGCUCUGGAAGCUGAUGAGACAAAGGGCCACCAGGAGCUCCUGAAGCAGCUGUCCCUCCUCCCCAGAGACAACUACAACCUCCUCAGCUACAUCUGCAGGUUUCUCUAUGAAAUACAACUGAACUCCAGCGUCAACAAGAUGAGUGUGGAUAACCUGGCAACAGUGAUUGGAGUGAACCUCAUCAGACCCAAGAUAGAGGACCCUGCAGUCAUCAUGAGAGGCACACCCCAGGUCCAGAAGGUGAUGACUGUGAUGAUCAGUGACCAUGAAAAGCUCUUUCCCCCAUCCAAGGAUGUGCCUCCCUCCCCACCUGCCCAAAAAACUGAGAAGAAAGCUCCUGUCCCUCGCAGCUCUGUGGGCUGGGGAGCUGCAGAGGACCCCGCAGCGCCCAGAGGCUCCACCCGAACGAGGGAUCACCCCAAUUCCAGCAGCACUCCUGGCCCAGCUGCCACCUCCAGCAUCCUCAGGGAGGACACGGAGUCCAAAGCCACACUGGGAACGUGGACAACACAGCCAAGGAAAAGAACUCAGACUUUACCUACGAAGAAAUCCUCCCUGGCAGCGGCUGCCCCGGGGGAGAAGGGCAGCAAGGAGAGGAACAAUGUCCUUGCCAGUGACUUUUGGAAAAGCAGCACACGCCCCUUGGGCUCUGAUGGGCACAAGAGAACAUUGUCUCACGAUCUUUUUAAGCUGCUCGACCUCCACAGGGGCUCCUACGACAGCGUUCCCCCCACCCAGGCAGAGAGCGGGGAGGGCAGCGGCUCCAGCCCCAGCCCUGCCAGCAGCAUCUCCGAGAAGGAAUUCCUGCCCUGCUUCAGUCCCAGCCACGAGCCAAAGGAACCAGCCAGCCCCACCAGCAGCCCUGCUGAGGAGCCCAGCUUCGAGCAGGAGAGCAGGGAGCUCCUGCAAACCACGAUCCUCAAGCUGGAAAAAGAUCUGGAGGCACAGAGAAAUGACUACGAGGAGCAGAUUAAAAGUCUCCAGAACGAAAACUAUGAGGCCUGGGCCAAAGUGGUGAGGCUGCACCAGGAGGUGGAGCAGGAGAAGAAGAAGAGAGGGGAGCUGGAGCUGAGGCUGAUGAACACGGAGCGCUUGCGGGAGGAGCUGGAGAAGAAAACCAAGAUGCUCGAGGAGGAGAUAAAAAACUUAACUAAACCCACGAGUAAAACUGGUGCCAAAACCAACUAGGAGGAGACACCCAGCUUUUCACAGACACCAAGUGCAGCUGUAUGAAUGCACAGGAAUUACAGAGCCAGGGACUUGUGCAGUGUCCUGCUCCUGCCCACAGGCCGAGAGGGAGGAAGGAGAACCAGGGCUUAGAGCCCAGCUCAUGCUCUGAACCAGAAAAUUUCAAAAAUAUCCUUUAGCUUUUUUGGGUUUGUUUAUUUCAACUCUUCUUUCAGCUGCUUAGGUUACCUGGAGAACAGGCCAACACUUCCUGCUGCUCAGUCAGAAUUGCACUCGGAAGUUUGGGUUAUGGACACAUUGUGCCUUCAGAAAAAGAAACCAGAGGUGUCCCUCCUCCAGCUGCCUGUCUCCUUACUGGAGAUACCCAGAAGCAAAACAUCCAUGGCUCCUGGAUCUGGGGAGGCAGAGGAGCCCCAGGACCCGGGGAGGCGCAGCCCUGGGUAGGGGAGGUGCUCACAUCAAUCCCCAGCUGGUUUGUGCUGUCCUGGGGCAGGACAAGGGUCUGAGACCUCCUGAGCAUCACCUGCUGCGCUGUGCCACCACCCCCACCACGGCUCCAUGCAGAAAAUCCCACUGUCACACAAACCUCUUCAGCUCAGGGGCUGUUCAGCUCUUUGGAGUCACUGUCCCCCUCAGCCAGGUGUUCCUGAAUCAGCACAGCUGACAGAGCUUGGAGAGCACUUCCACACCUCUGUACCUGGAGCUCUUUCUGCAGGAGGAGUCCAUCAGCAACUCCAGCACAGCAAUUUUGUGUUUUCCCUGAUGGACAGACUUCAGAGGGUGACAGAUCUGAACUUAUUUACUGCCCCUGCGUUGGUGUUUUGUUGUUUCUGAAGUGCAGAACAGGAUUUCCUCAGUCAGCUUGUGGAACCCUGGGUUUGCACCCCAGCGAGGAUGUUGGGUCUCUCCCCAUCAGUGCAGAGACCCCCUGGACCCAAAGGUAUCCCUGUGGUUGUUUGUGGCCUUUCUGCUUGUCCCCCACCCCUGCCAGAUCCUUCCAGCACUACCACAGUGCUGCCACAGCUUUUGGUGGAGAAAAGAAGAAUAACAGGACUCUGGAGAGUUAUUUUCUUCUACAGAAAACCUUUCAUUUAUUUAUUUGAGGAGGAGGAACAGUCCAGCCUAGAGCCUUGAUGGGGACACAAAAGGGAAAGCCAUGGAAAUCUGCAGUUUUCAAGCAGGACCAAGCACGUGGCUCUGUGCCAGGCAUGGUGAGGGGAAUCACAGCUCUGAGUUCUGGCUGCUGAGGACUUGGCUUUGGCAAGGCAAAAGUUCAGCUCCAGACAGGCUGCAGAGCUGUGUGACAGGGAAAAUGAACUGGGGGGAGAAAGAGACACAGAGAAAAAUGUGGGAAACAAGGGGAGGUGGGUGUGGGAAAAUGUUAUUGGAGAAUAAAAGUCAGUGUUGGGUAUAAAGCACUUGCUGCUUUCAGCCUUGCUGGAUGUAGGGGGAACUGGUUUAGCUCUAAAACUGAGCCCAGACUCAGUCUCAGGUCCAGUUUGGUGCAUUGAACCCACCUUUGCUCACCUGUGGAUACAAAGCCUGGGGAAGGAGCACUUUGUGAAAGCUGAGCUGCAUUCAGAAAUCCAACCCCUAAAUGGCUCAUUUGACCCACAGACCCUGACUCCAGAGAUUUUCCUUUGCACAGAGCCCCCAGAGAUGUCACAGCCCCUCACUGUCCUGCCCACAAACCCUCACAGCAGGGAAUGGACUGUUCCAGAGGGUCCCCUCCAAAACCCAGUGCCCUCCCAAGGACUCACAGCCAGGGACCCUCUGCUCUCCCAGGGAUGGAGCCUGAGCACAGGGUUUAUGUCUGACUAGAACGUUUCAGAGCUCAGUCUUGGCGAUGGGAAAUCUCAGUGAGGACCACGGUGAGGACUGGGCCAUGGGCCUGGACCUGCUGGUGCAGCUCCACAGCUUUGCAGAGGGAUGGACAUCAUGGAGAGGAGCCCCAGGGAGGGCAAGGUGGCCUCCACCAGGCUCAGCCACCCUCCAGGACCACCCAAAGCCCCCCUUCCCACACCUGCAGGUCCCACACACCACAGGAGUUGUGUCCUGAAGUCUCUUCCAGUUUCUUUUCUGCAAGUUCAAGUCUCCACCGUGGCACCCGUGACUUCCUGACACUCAGAUCGAGAGUCCAAAGUGUCUGCCACCGUUUCACUGCAUUCACCAGUCUCUUCUGUGAUUUCAGAUGACCUUGACAGAGCUGCUUCAGUUUUUUAUUUAAUUUUUUACCUCUGCAAGAAGCUGCUCACCAAUCUGAGUGUGAGGCCCAGGAGUCAUUAGGGAGAAAUUUCUCCUUUGUUGGGUUCAGGAGCAGCAUCAUGAACAUCUGGGCUGGAAAUGCCACAGGCUCCUUUCUGCAAAGAUCAAAAGUGUGAAAAGGCCAAUAAUUCCUUCACAGCAGACUGUAAUGACGUGCAAAGGCUUGGCUGAGGCUCAGAAAUCUCCACGAUUAGGACAAGUGCACUUUAUUUAAAAUAAACUGUGCAUUCCUCCGUUUCCACUCAGAUAGGGAAAACAACCCCGUGGCUGCGAGGGCCAGAGGGACUUCUUUGAAGAUAUUCCACCCAUUAACAUUUGCAGGGUUUAUAGAGGUCAUCUGUGAAAGAGAGACUUUCCAAUAGAGGUCAGGUGGGCUGGAAAUUCCUGAGAGCCUGGAGGGGAGAGAUGCAGGCACCUUGUGAGCUGGUGCUGCCAUUGGGUGCUGUAAGAUAAUGAGCAUUUCUCUUUUUUUUAAAAUGAGCUUUUUGCAGAGACAGAGAACCAUGAAUUGCCCGUGCCAGACCUGUGAAACUGCACCCUUUUCAUCCCUGAGGGGGUGGGUGUCCGCUGUGCUCAGCCCAGAGCCUGCUCUGGAUUUUCUGCACUUGCACAUCUUCUGCUGGAGACCCCACAACAUGAGAUCCCCGAAAAAUGACUGGUGCCCAGCCUUCGUUUCCUCCCUCCCUUUAUUUUUACAGCAAGGCCAUGAAGUUUUUUGGGGUGGGAGCAGCAGAGAAUCUCUCCUGUUCCUGGGGCAGGGGUUGCAAGGGGCAUUAUAAACUCAUGGUGGGGUUUCAUAUGGCCUUUCAGCUCAGCAGGAUUGGAGCAUUGACUCUGGAUCCCCUGGAGAGUGUGAUGCUUCUCCUGAAUAUGCUCCUGUCAUAUAAAAGCACAUCAGGGGCUACCACAGGGAAGAAAGAUCCUUUCCAGCCCUGUCCUGUAGGCUUGGAAACCUCCAAGAAGACAUUUUUCACCCCUUAACCCUCCCAUUGCACAGUGAGGACACAAGAGCUUUAUCAAGGUGGUAACUCUGGGAUCAGACUGAGGAUUUUCCUCUUGCUGUAAAUGUUACAUGGCUUUCCAAAUUAGAGCUGUUAAACCACAGAUCCCAAUGCAUCCAAAACUGUUAAAUCAUGCAGUGUGGGAUGAAAGUAAGACACCUUUUAGGCCAUCAUUUCAGUCCCCU